AUGGGCAUCUCGUCGUGCGCUUCAACGUGCAGCACGCCGAUCAUCAACUUCUCGGGCUACUACCGCAAGCGCGCGGCGUCCGUGGAGCUACCGGAGGCCACGGCGUGGCUCGAGCACCUGCAGAUCAGCCUGCACACAGUCACGAGCUCCAGCUCAGGUAGCGUCAAGGGCGCCAGGGUGCAGUACGAGGUGCGCGCGAGCUACUGCUGCCAGGACGUGCCCGAGCUCGAGUGGACGCCGGGCCACGCGUGCCCAGCCGAGUGCAAGUGGCUCUACGCCGUGGUGAAGAACCACUUCCCCAAGCCCAAGCUGCUCGCCGCCAACUCUCCACGCACAGCGGAAGCGCGGCGACAAGCGCUCGUGCGCGUGCUGCGGACGCUGCAGGCGUCGCUGGUCAACCGCGGCAACCAGGGCUGCAACGUGCUGGUGCAGAGCGUGUGCCGCGAGUUCGCCACUUUUAUCCUGGGCGAGAACGCCAAGCUGCCCGACGUGGUCAUGGCGCUGAGCGGCUGCAGCUCGGACCAGAGCACGCGCGACUCGUCCGCGUCCUUCGUGUCGGAGUGCAGCGAUGAUGAAGACUACAGCGAGGACAUCUCGCCCUUCGACGACUUGUACGGAUGCAGGAGCGGCCGAGGAUUCUGCAAGUCCGAGUCCGGUCAGUGA